CUCUUUUUCAUACAGACUAACUCCACUGUGCAAGGUAUAAAUAGCUAAUCAGCAAUAGCUUUUAUAAGUCUGUUGAAACUCGUUGCCGGGUAAACGUUUCAUCUGUUUAUUUCAUUGUUGAAAAAAAAGAAUCAAAAUAAAAGAUAUGGGCAAACUUGUGUUGUAUGGUAUAGAAGCCAGUCCACCAGUGCGUACUGUAUUAUUGACAUUGAAUGCAUUGGAUUUACCAUAUGAAUUUGUAGCUGUAGAUUUGUUUGCUCAAGGCAAUAAAUCGGAGGAAUAUCUGAAAAUUAACCCAACCGGUACAGUACCGGCUUUAUUGGAUGACGGUCAAGCCAUUUCGGAUUCACACGCCAUUAGCGCGUACUUGGCAAGUAAAUAUGGCAAAGAUGAUUCACUCUAUCCUAAAGAUUUGGUGAAACGUUCAGUUGUCGAUCACCGCUUGUACUUUGACGCUGGUGUAGCCUUUGAACGUGCCCUGCGCGGAACAACAAAACCUAUUCUCUUCAAUAAUGAAACGAAUGUACCACAGCAAAAAAUCAACAAUAUCGCCGAAGUGUAUGAUAUAGUGAACAAAUUACUACAGAAUCAUCCUUAUGUUGCUGGCGAUAAUUUGACCAUUGCGGAUUUUUCACUAAUAACAUCAAUCUCCUCAUUGCAAGCUUAUUUAGAGAGCGAUGUCGCUAAGUAUCCCAAUUUGGUUGCAUGGAUUAAGCGCUUGGAGCAGUUACCUUACUAUGAGAAAGCGAACGGCAAUGGCGUUAAACAGUUAAUCGAAUUGAUAAAGUCAAAGAAUAUAACCAUCGUAUCUUAAACUGUUGGUGUUUAAUCGAUUUCUUUUUGUAAAAUUGUUUCCAAUAACACAGUUAUAUUAUUAUGUAAUAUACCUAUAAUGAAAAAUGCACGACUGAAAAUAUUAUAUAAUAUAUACCUACUUGAUACAUGCAUAUGUAUUGUAUAUUGCAAAUAAAUAUUUAAUAUUACUAGGAGCCCUCCGCUGCGCUCCGGGACGCUCGCCCCCCGCGUCCGCCCCCCGCCGAGCGCGAGCUAGCUCGCUCUUAUGUUAGUUGAUUCUCGACAGCAACAGAAAACUUAUAUAUAAUAGAGAGAUAUAUGACUAUCAAAUAUAACAGCAAAGCUUCUCUAAA